AUGAUAUUAAGAAGAGCGUUCAUACGGCAUGGCCGACGAAUAGCAACAAAACCCACAAGAUCAUGGACAAGAUCCCUAGCCACUGAGGUCGACAUCGACACUCUCCCAUCGUCCACCGACUCAAUUGAAGCAUCUCUAGAAAACUCUUUACGAGAGACAAAAUCCAUAGAAUCACAAAUCGAGAAUGAGACAGUUCAAUACGUUCCCCAAAUCGACAAUCGCUCCCACGCCGCUCAAAACCUCCUCGAAGAUGGGACGGCUGAGAGAUUUAAUCACAACCGAUUCAAUCAACACCGCACGAAACCCCUCGGUACCUCCAUAGACCAAAACCACUACCAACCGCACAAGCUCCUCACCCAACCCCCUUUCCCAUCCGACAUAACGCUCGAGCUGCUGCUCGCGUCUCAAGCACAUCUUGGCCACAAGACUUCCCAUUGGAAUCCUAUGAAUUCUCGAUAUAUCUUUGGCAUACGGCAAGGCAUCCAUAUCAUCUCCCUAGACCAGACGGCUGCGCAUCUUCGCCGCGCCUGUAGAGUUGUCUCUGGCGUCGCUGAAAGGGGAGGAUUGAUACUGUUUGUGGGUACAAGGGCAGGACAAGAUAGGUGUGUGGUCAAAGCGGCACAGAUGGCCGGUGGAUGUCAUUUGUUUGAAAGGUGGACGCCGGGAAGUAUUACAAAUGGGCAUCAGAUAUUGGGUCAGUGCAGGACGAAAGUUGUGGACGAGCUGGACCGGGAGAUUAAGGGAUACGACGAAGAGUUACGAGAACGCCAAGUCCUCAGACCGGAUCUGGUCGUCUGCUUGAAUCCACUGGAGAAUUGGGUUAUGUUGCAUGAAUGCGGACUGAAUACCAUACCAACUAUUGGUGUUAUUGAUACGGAUGCUAAUCCGACCUGGGUUACCUAUCCGAUUCCGGCGAACGAUGAUAGUUUGAGGUGUGUGCAGGUUAUAGCUGGUGCUCUCGGCAGGGCGGGUCAGGAGGGCCAAGCGAGAAGGAAAGAGAUGGCAAUGAAUGGGGUGGUUACUUAUACCCCUGAUACACUGAUGACCGAUUUGUCAGUAUCGACGCAAGGGGCGAGGACGGGAGGGAGCGCGGAGGAUAUCAAAGGUAGUGAUUCAGGAGGUGGCAAUGCCUAA